AUGCUAGGAAAUUCAGAACAAAAAAAUCUGUUGUGUCUAUAUUACAGCCCCAGCGAAUAUUUGAAAAUAGCAAUUUAUUUUAUUUUCUUUUACUACCCCAGAAUGAAAUUCGGAGUUUGCAGUUUUAGUGGACACGCCAUCCACAGAGGAAAAGGAAGAAUAUUGGUACGCCCAAACGGAGCAACCUUUUUGCUCUCAAAGAAAAAGUGCAGAAGCCACUUACAGAUGGGAAUGAACCCAAAGAAGAUUGGCUGGACACUUGCCUCAAGAAUCAUUAGAAAGAAGGCAGUGGCAUUCAAGUCAUCCAGCGUAACCGUACCAAAGGUAGCCAAGUCAGUAAGAGCAUUUGUUGGUCUUUCAUUAAGCGACUUAAAGAGCAAGAUGGAGAGCAGCACAGGAGAAGCCCCUGCUAAGUCUGGAUCUGUGAGAUUCACUAAAAGAGACAAGAUAAGAAGCAUAGCAAAGAAAUAAAUAAUAUGAGUACUUAC